UUUAGCGAAGGAGUGGAGAUACAUGGACAUCAUCAUUUGAGGGAGAUUCUCUUGCAGCCACGAACAAGCUCAAAGGGACAAACCAAGUAGAGGCGGAACGAAAGGGUAAGCAGACCCUCUUGGUUAAAUAGGAUAUUAUCAAUUUUAUUUCUUUUUUUUUUCCAAAAAUUUUAUAAUUUUAAUUUCAGACUAACUUGGCAUCAUUGGCCUAAACCACUUGAAGCAUGUGGACGGAUGUUGAAUCGAUUAAAGAGUUGUGGCCUAAACUAGAGAAAACUGGAUUCCAAAUGUAAUGGAUACUAAACGACUAGUAAAAGAAUUUCCUUUUUAAAACAAAUGAGUGUAUAGAAGAAAAUAAUAAUAGACAGCACUCAGCAUCUUUCUUCCCAAACUUCCUUCCUUGCCAAACUUUCUCCAAUAAAAAGUUAUUUGUUAGACAAACCUAAUAUUUGAUGAGCGAAUCCCACCAACAACACCACUCUUUCUCUUUACACCGUAAACAGUUUAAACCUAAUUUAAACCUUCUUCUUUCCUCAUCUCUUUCCACAACUCCCCUUCCAUUUUCUUUCUUCAUCUAAGGAUGCCGCUAAGGUUUUGCUCUCCUCGAUUCCUUGUUUUCGUCUUCCUCAUAUCGGCAAUCCCCAUCGCUUACAUCAUCUCCGAGGAACGUGCCGUUCCUGCCACCCACGUUUUCCACUACCAUAGCACCGGCUUUUUCCGGGAGUGCGCCAAGUGGGACGACCAAGGCCGGCGCUUCCUCGUCAGUUUCUUGGAAGGCGGCGUCGGUGAAAUCCGGGUUCCCGACGAUUACGCACCGGGACCGGGGGAUGUCGUGUUGAAAGAGGUCACCGUGGUCAAAGAUUUUGACUUGGCCGGAAAUUCUUCCCUCGGAAUCGCCGUCGACAGGCUCAGAAACCGGCUGCUUGUGGUUGUCGCCGACUUGCUCGGCAACCGAUACAGCGGUCUCGCGGCUUAUGAUUUGUCAUCGUGGAAGCGGCUAUUUCUAACCCGGCUCAGUGGCCCUAGCGAUGAAAAAUCCUUCGCCGAUGACGUCGCAAUAGAUGCCGAUGGUAAUGCGUAUGUCACCGAUGCUAAAGCCAGCAAAAUCUGGAAAGUCGGUGCCCAUGGCGAGUUAUUGUCUAUCAUAAGAAACCCACUCUUUACUCCAAGACAGUGGUACAAAACCUUGGUCGCAUUGAACGGAAUCGCUUACCACCCCGACGGCUAUUUGAUCGUGAUCCACACUUUCAGUGGUAAUUUGUUUAAGAUCGAUCUGGCCAAGGGACAUGAAGUGAAGUUGAUCGAGGUUGUUGGAGGCACAUUAGUCUUUGGUGACGGUCUAGAUCUAAUCUCUCCGACAAAGCUCGUCGUAGCCGGGAAUCCUUCGGGGAGAUUGGUGGAGAGCUCUGACGGAUGGGAGACGGCUUCCGUGGUGGCGAAGUUUAAGGGGCCCAUCCAUCGGUUGUCAACGGCGGCGACGGUGAAGGAUGGGAAGGUUUAUCUCAACCAUUUGGUUGGGAUGGGGUACCCCAAGAAAACACAUGCCCUUGUUGAGGCAGUUUUCUGAAAGUUGGAAAAAAAAGGGGAAUAAUGGGAUUCGUAAAUGAAGUUGCAGUUAAGAGUAUGUGGACGUUCUACUGAAUGUAAAACUCCGAAACCCUUAGUUCGAAA